GUGUUAUGGAUUCAUUUUUUCAUGAGAAGAAAAAUCGUUUGUUUUUAUGCGAGGGUGAGCCUGAUACUGAAGUAAUGCUAUUUCAACUUGAAAUGCUAAAAACUCAAAGCAAAAUUCAUGGCGAUAUCAUUAAUGCAUGGUCUAAUGUUCUGAAUUUUAAUGAGCAAUAUAGAGAUAUCAAUUCUAGUGGACGUUUCUUUUUAGGUCUUAAUGCAGUUGAUUGCCUUUUUCAAUACGAAAGUGAUCGUGCUCAAGAAAGGAAUAAAAUGUUUUGUGAGGUUGUGGAGUUGGAAUUCAGCAAAACAAUCAUCCCAAAGAAAGAUAUUGAGCUUUUCUUUUUCCCAGUAUUUGAAAAGGAUCAUUAUUAUCUGGUAUGUUUUAACACCACCACAGACUGUGGUACAAUUGAGGUUAUUGAUUACAGUGAAGGUCCUUGAGAAAAUAAGAAACUGCUUAAAAAUCUGGUAUGUCUUCUGCCACUUCUUCUUCAUCAUCAAUAUCCUCAUUGAUGCCUGUCAUAUUGUAACCAGAUUCCUUAUUCAUGUCUCCUCUCAUUAUAUCACUGGUACCCUAACCCUUUCAGGAUUCUCCUCUGAAUUUCUCCUUUCUCCCAUAACAAGAAAAUAC